AUGGCAACUUUAGCUCAACCUCUAACCCCAGUUCCUACGGGAUCUGAUAUCCCGAGCUACAGUCAAGUCCCGGAAACUUCAUUUGAUCUGGACUGGGCAGACCUCGCCACCUUGGAUCUGUCUCUGUUUGACCAGCCUGGCGGUAAAGAGCAGUUAGCCAAGCAGCUUUUCGAGGCUAUCCAUAAUAUAGGCUUCUUUUAUAUUACCAACUUCGGUCUCUCGCAGGAAGAUGUUGAUCGACAAUUCUCGAUUGGCAGGGAGAUUUUCAAGCUCCCAAUAGAGGAGAAACUCAAGUUUCGUGCGGAGCUUGAGAAAGGUGGCUACAAUGGCUAUAAGCCAAAGGGUCUUCGAGAAAUCAGCCCGGGCGUUUUUGAUAACACCGAAAUCUAUAACAUCCCCAAAUUUAUCCCAGCCCUCGAGCUUCCUCAACCGGAAAUUGUGAAUCACAAUCGUCCUAUCAUCGAGGGCUUCGCGCGCCAUAUCCAUGACCAAAUUGCGAGCAAACUUCUUACCCUCUUCGCAAUUAUCCUCGAGCUACCAGAGGACUAUUUCCUAAAGGUGCAUCGCUAUGACGAGAAGAGCGACUGCCACCUACGGUACAUGAAGUACCACCAUCGUUCAGACGAAGAAAACGAGAAGAAUGCCGGGGUUUGGGUCAAGGGGCAUACCGACUUUGGCAGCUUGACCUUGCUGUUCCGCCAACCCGUUGCCGCGCUGCAGGUUCGCACCCCGGAGGGCGAGUGGAAGUGGGUCAAGCCGUAUCCCGAGAGCAUCACGGUAAACCUUGCCGAUUCGCUCCAUUUCCUCACCAACGGGUUCCUCAAGAGCAGCAUACACCGUGUCGUUGCGCCACCGCCAGAUCAGAAAGACCUAGACCGUCUAGGUGUCUUAUACUUUGUUCGACCGGAAGAUGACCUCGAGCUUCGGCCGGUUGUGAGUGAAGUGCUUCAACGUCUAGGUUAUGAUAAGAUAACUGAUAAUAGUGCGGUUGGUAUCACUGCUGGUGAGUGGGUGAAGGCGAGAGUCGCCACGGGAGUUAACAAAGGUGUGACUCGGAGUGAAGUCGAAGAUCAGCCUAUUAUCGGGGGUGUGGUGGCCAAAUACUAUGAUUAG